CUCCCGUGGCUCCCUCCCGGGUACCAUGUGCGGGUGAGCUCGGGAAGCCCGUUGCCAUAACGACGGCUGCUAAAAUCCUCCCGCCGCCUCCAGCUCUCCCCUACGCGGGGAUGCAAUUGGUGCAGACGCUCCCUCCUUCGGGGGCUGAGGCCGGCGGAGGGUGCCCUGGAGAGGCUGGAGGGGGGCUGUAGCUGCCGGGGAGGCGAUGGGGGAAGCCCGCAGGAGCCGCGGUGGGAAAUGAGGCUGCGUGUCACCCCUGCACGCCCCCGCCAUCCCUCCUUCCCUCCCUCAUUCCCUCCUGGCUUCCCUCCUUCCCUCCCGCCCUUCGCGUAUCGCCUCUCUCUGUCGCCUUCCUCUCCCGGAGCGGGGUCCCUUCUCCCUGGCACUGCCAGCUGGGGAAAGAGCCCGACUCAUCCCGACCGGCCCGGCUGAUGCCGGAGGGAGCAGCCUCACCCCGUCUCCCUGCGGCCGUGGAAGGAGGGCAGCACUGCUGCAGACUCGGCACCUCAUUCCUGGGUGGCAAGGGGUUCCUGGCAAGACAGAUCGGCUGCCCCUGCCAUGCCCCACUUCUUGGAUUGGUUUGUGCCGGUGUAUCUGAUGAUCUCUAUUCUCAUCCUGGUGGGCUUUGGAGCUUGCAUUUACUACUUUGAGCCAGGACUCCAGGAAGCCCAUAAGUGGCGAACUCAGAGGCCGAUAAUGGAACGAGACCUUCGGAAGACACUGAUGAUUCGGGACAACCUGGCCUUCGGGGUGCCCGAGGUCUGACACGCUGCCCAUCCAGUCCAGAAGAGCCUCUCCUGCAUGGACAGCAGUCUGCAAGCCUCAGCACGGAUGACAGGCUGGCCCUGUGCAAGCUGUGCUGAUAGCAGCUUUGCUCUUUGCUGGUCUGAGUUUUGUACUCACCACUCACCUUUCUGCCCCUUUGUUUCUUAGGCAAGGUUUGUGUGGCACUGUAGGCUCAGGGCUUCCCACAUGCUCAUAGCCCUCACCCAGCCAAGGACUUCUGCUCCUUCCCAUGGCCAAGACUGGUGAAUGACUCAAAUGAAAGGUCCCUUGGUAAUCACACCUUCUCCCUCCCUGCCAGCCCAGCCAGUGCAAUGCCCAGUGUGUACAGGCAGGUUUGGGAGAGCUCUGAACCUGUGGCAGCAGGUUGUCUCAAAAGCCUCUCAUCACCUCUCCUACUACCCCAACACCCACCCUUUGGAUGCAGUGGGUGCAGCAGUGAGUACCCUGGACAUGCAGGGCCCUGUGUGCCCCACUCCUAAUGUCCCAGGGGAUGUCAGACAAUGCCACCACCACAUCUGCGUGAGUCUGUGCAUCCCAUGCCGCCUCAUGAACCUGCCAGUAGCAGAGUGACCCACAUCCCCAGGGUGCUGUCUCUGUUUAGUCCCUGAUGGCUGCUUUGGGCAGCAGGAGUCCCUCAAGCCAGCUGCCUGAAUCUGCCAUGUGUCCUAGACGGGCUCAUGUCACUCAGUCUCUCCUGUGAACCCGUCAAUGGAAGCUUUCUCUUCUAUUCCCAAAGAAAGGAGGAGGGUGUCCUGGGCUGGUUUGAGUGAGUGAUGGUCCGUGGGUAAUUCUCUGGGGAUGAAAAUUAAUUUCUAGCUCUAUGGUUUCUGGCUGAGGAAGGAAUGGGUCAGAACAUCCUGCAAAUAUUCUUGAGUCUUUCUGGGACAUUUCAUCCCUCAUUAAGUCCUUACAUUCAGCCAAAAAACAGAGAUGUGAGUACCCUAACUGGGGAGUCUUGCUCUGCAGGGAGAUGCAGUGAGUGAGAUUACUCCUGUGCCCAAAGUAAUGCUUGCCCUGGCAAGCAAUUGCUCAAAGUGCAGGUGCAGCCUGAAACAGGUAAAUCCCAUGUAUUUUUGUGCCUUGGUGACUUGAGCUGUGAAAGGGAAAUGCCGUGGGGCUGGGCUGCAUGGUCUGCAUGGCUCACAUCCCCUGCCCUCUGGCACAACACAGCCAUAUCUCCAAGUGCCAGCUUGGAAACCUUCUUCCUCGCCUCCACUCCCUUGCAGCUGGGGCUGCACUGAGCACGGACCCCAGCUGAGACAUGGUGUAGCAAUAAAACACUCUGUACUGGAGCUGAGGGGCUUGGAGUCACCAGGGACAGGUUACACCGUCCCUGUGGGAAGGGGGGUCUGGUCUCUGGGGCCUGCGCCAGUGCAGACUGCUCUGCCAUCGCACCUUCUCCAAACCUGCUUUCACCCGCUGAGGGGGAAGAGAAGCGGGAAAAGCCACCAGCCCGGUAAAACCGAAGGGCUGGGUCUGCUGCUGCUGCCCUCACCCGGCCGGCAUCCGUGGUGUGGUGGGGCUCCCCUGCGCCCUCCUCUGCGCCCUCCUCUGAGUGCUGUCCUGCCUGUUCUCACCUCCGCUCUGCUCAUGACUUGCUAUAGAAACCAAGCAAAAAGAAGACAACAAACAGGUCAGGGCUGGACUAGAGAGAAGCUGGUUGUUCACCUCCUCUGGCUUGUCUCGCGCUGUCAGUCCUAAUGCAGCCAGUAUUAAGCCAGGUAUUUUCCAUGUGUAUGAAGGACUUUAUUGCCAGCGGUGUCAAAGCCCUCCCCAGUGGAAUAAAAUUAUGUGACAAAAUG